AGAUGGAGGAGGGUAGCAGCUGCAGUAGAACAAUGUUUGGGCUUUGAAGACUCAAAGGAACGAUCCAGAGGAAAAAAUACAAACAGAAAAGGGCCAGCGGUGGUCAUGUACUGUGUAUUUGCAGUUGGCUCCAGUUAAGUUUGGCUCCCCCCCUUCCCCCCUCUCCCCCGCCCCUGACGAAGACCCGCCAUGAGCAUUAUCCAAGACAAGCUGGGCAACGAGUUCCUCCGCAACGGGGCGAUGGAGCCCAACUUCGCCCCGGGCAUGCUGAUGUUCAGCCACCUGCCUCCCGUCACCAGCUUCACGCGCAUGGCCUCGGCCCCGUCCGUGCUCCACGAGCUGGCCCCGCAGGAGAUGGUGCUGAAGAAGGAGCGCGACUCGCCCGACUGCAGCCUGGACUACGUCCACGGCGCCUCCAUCAAGCAGGAGAAGCUGACGGAGCUGGACUACCGCCUGCCGCUCUACCCGGGCUGCUCGGCCAAGGGCGGCGACCUGCUGAUGGAGGCGUCGCUCGGCAACCACCACCACCACCACCACCACCACCACCACCAGAACCUGCUGGCGCACGACCUGAGCCUCGGCAACCUGUCACAGAGAUUGGUGAAAGACUCCUCGGGGAGAAGGGGUCGGAGGUCAAACGGCGACAGCCAGGAGGGGAAGCCCCGGAGGAAACGAGGGGACUCCUCAAAGUCAAUGAUGCUGGACGGCGAUUUGGGCAGCCUCUCGCCGGGCUCCAAGCCGCACAUCUGCGAGCACUGCAACGCAGCCUUCAGGAGCUCCUACCACCUGCGCCGACACGUGCUCAUCCACACGGGAGAAAGGCCUUUCAGGUGCAGUCAGUGUAACAUGAGCUUCAUCCAGAAGUACCUUCUGCAGCGGCACGAGAAGAUACACAGCGGAGAGAAGCCCUUCAGCUGUGACCAGUGUAACAUGCGGUUCAUUCAGAAGUACCACAUGGAGAGGCACAAGAGGACUCACAGCGGAGAAAAGCCAUACAAAUGUGACACCUGCCAACAGUAUUUUUCCAGGACGGAUCGACUGCUGAAGCACAAAAGAACCUGUGGAGAAGCCAUAAAGAAGGGGCUGGACCCGGGGGCCCUGGACCAGGCUCUGAGUGACAUGGGGCAGGGUGGCUACGGCCUCGCUCAGGGAAACGGCGGAGGCCCCGGCCGUAAGAAGGGCAGGUCCAAAGGGGAGGGCGGCGAGCGCAAGCGCAGGAAGGGCGCGGAGGCCGGGGGGGAGCCGGGCGGCGACCUGGGCCUGCAGAACUACGAGGCCUCGGGCAGCGGCCUGCACGGACGCGCCCCCAAACUGCUCUUCAAAAAGGUCAACCGCAAGGGCCCCGAAAAGGACCCCUCCGGCAAGCCGGGGCCCCUGGGCGUGAUGGACGGCAUGGGGCUCAUGCAGGGCCCCGAGGCCAAGCAGGCCCCGCCCAGCAGCAGCAACUACGACGACGCCAUGCAGUUCCUGAAGAAGCGGCGCUACCUGCACGCCGCCGCCAACAGCGACUACGAGGUGGGCGUGGCCCACCUGCCCCAGCAGCCCACCGUCAUCCAGGGUGCCGUGGUGGGCGGGGGCCUGGACCACGCCCCUCUCGGCCUGCUGGACUCCUCCCCCAUGGGGGCCUCCGACCCCAAGCACGACAAGUCGGGCAUCCCGGACGAGGUCCUCCAGAGCCUGCUGGACCACUACUCCCAGAAGGCCGAGGGGCCGCACGACGUGCCCUUCGACCUGGGCGGGGACCAGCACGUGGAGCUGCACCCAGCCGCGCCGCCGCCGCCUGAGGGCGGGGACGAGGACGACAAGGUGGGCGAGAAGGCGGUGAUCAUGCACGAGUACUCGCGCUUCCUCCUGCAGGCCCUGGAGCGCACCAGCCACAGCGCCAGCUUCCUGUCGGGCCCCAGCGGGCCCUUCGCCGGCGCGGCCUCCUCCGCCAGCCCGCCGCUCUUCUCCGACAAGCACGUCUACGCCGCCGCCCCCCUGGAGUGCGGCUUCGGCCACGCCCUUACCUCGGCCCCGCCCGGCCCCCUGCCGAAGCCGCACUUCGGCAUGCUGCUGGCGGGGCCCUCCUCUUCCUCCUCGUCCUCCUCCCAGCCCAGCUUCCACCUGGGCGGCCUGGACCACCAGCAGCUCACCCCCUCUCAGGAGCUCACCGAGCAGCUGGAGAAGCAGUCCUCCCCCGGGGCCUUCCAGAUCCCACCCCCGGACCUGGGCGGCCACAAAGACGGCCCGCCCAAGAGCAGCUCGGCCUACCAGCUCCCGGCCCAGGACCUGGCCCCCAUCGACCCCUCCAAGGGCGUGGACCUCCGGCCCCCUUACCAGAUGGAAAACUUCGCCCAGGCCUUCGGCUCCCAGUUCAAAGGGGGCAGCCGGGUGCCCCUGGGGUUCAGCACUGACUCGAACGCAGAGGUGGACCACAGGAUUAGGACUCCCGUGACAGAAUUCUCAGGUUUCACUAGUUUGUUAGCUGAUGUCAAUGAGCCAGUUAGUUCAAGAUCCAAGACUCCCACAAGCCAAAGCUACAGGUAAGGUCUGAGACGGUAGACCUAGUUUUGGAGGUUUGUUCAUUUUUUUUUUUUCUUGUGUUAUUACUAUUAUUAAUGUUUUUUUUUUGUUUUUUAAUGAGGCUAUGUUUUAAUUAUUACACUGCCAUUAUAAUGUUUGUAUAAAAUCGAACCGGAAUGGGUCUGUGUGACCUCCUUCAAAUGCAAUGUUUUGAAUUUUUUUUUUUGUUUUUGUUUUUUUCCCGCCCUCUGUGUUUAGUCUGUUUUAUUCAUUAGUGUAAAAUUAGGUCUGGUCGUUAACUAAUAGAUGGAGAAGUACUUUUUAAGCAAAAAUAUUAGUGUAGCAAAGGACUGGCUUGACAUUUCUUUUCCCCUCAAACCUAUGUGUUUUAGCAAUCAACUUUACAAUUGUGAAAAAUAAUUAAUAAUGAUAAUGAUGGCAGGGAACAGCCCAGAUAUGAAAUGGCAAAAAAUAAAAGAUAUUGUCUGUUACAAGGAUUUAAAGUAUAACUCAGGAAAAAAGUGUAAUAAGGAGAAUUUUAUUGUGAGAUGCAGCAGGAGCACUCUUUGUUUUAAUUAUUGUUAGUUUCUUUUUAGAGCUGUAUGUUUGCAAGUGCAACAAAGGUGUUUUUUUUUUUUGUUUUUUUUCUUUAGAACAGAGUGCGACAAAUGAUGAUGCUGCCUGCUUGGUUACACUAAGAACACUUUCCACUUAGCUGAAUGGAGAUUAUGGUACUUUUUGUCAAUGCGAAACACUCAUGUUUCUUUCAGUAAGGGCCAUAUAUAUUUAUGAGUACAGUAUAUGUCAGAGUGGGGGGGUGACUGCAAUGUGAUAGAGGAGGGAAUUUGUAAAAAAAAAAAAAAGGACCUGUGGUCAGUUUAGAAGAGGGAAGUGGUGGAGUCCCCCCGCACAUUCAGUUUGUCACAGGGUUGGAGUUGCAGCGAGCAAUGGGGCAUUUAAAAAAGAAAAAAAAAUGGGACUGUUACGAAUGGCGCUGGGAUGGCGGGUGGGGGGGAAGCCCCCAGUCGCGAAACUCCGCCCGCGUGGGCCGCGUCGAACCCUGGCGCUCGGUAGCGAUUGCGUAGCGACGUCGUCCGGAGAUUUUCCGGAAGUUUCUUCAGCUCCGUCUCCCGCUCUUUCUUUCUCCACCUGUUUCUUUAACGAGCACUUUUUCCCUGUUUUGUUUCUUUUUUUUUUUCUUCUUUUUUUUAAGAAACAGCCCAUUCAGAUAAGAGGGAGAACUGACUUGCUUUUAAAAAGAGACGUUGGUUGGGGCCGCCAGUUGUUCGAGGAUGAUGUGUCAGCCGAUCGG